AGCGGUGACCAUGUCAUGCAGCCUUACAGCAGUGCCUCCAUCGCCUCCGCCUGGAGCAGGCGGAUCUUGAGUCGGAACGGCGCUUUCGGUCUGUCGAAGAGCUCCCGCUCAUAUCGCCUGAGGCACGCCCACGCUCCUCUACUCCUGUAGUUGAUCUACCGGGUGAGGUCGCCAUGUCUGUUGACGAGGCCACCGAGGUACCGAAACUCGGUCGUCUGGGCGUAUUUCUGUCCCGCGGCUUCGAUGGUCAGCGGUGGAGGCGGGGAGGGCUGUGGUGUUGUAAUCGGUUUGUCCUUCGCGCGCAUCAGGAGCGUCUCCGUCUUCUUCUCCGAUACCGUCAGCCCGAACUCCCCGAACACCUCAACAAUGAUGGCCAUCAUUCUCGCCAGUCCUACUGCAGGCCUCGAUACGAUGCCGGCAUCAUGGGCAUACAGCAUCCUCCAUACUGCCCUCCGGGCUCGGUCGAGGGGUGUCUCCUCCCCCGAUUCCGUCUUCCCCUCCUCCAAGCAUACCAGGCUCCGCAGAACAACAUCAUCCUCGCUGAAUCGGAUGACAUCGACCUCGAGGACCGCGGCGAAGAAGGUGUUGAACAGCAGUGGGACAUCACACAUCCUUGUCGCACGCCCUGUGUGACGAAGAAUCAAUCGGAUGGUUCUCCGUCGUUCAUGCGCACCCGGGCCCGCAUUCCAUUGUGGACUUGGCGGAUGACUUUGAUAAUCUUCGCGGGAAUCCCGGCCCUGGCCAGCACGUUCCAUAGCAUCUCUCGUUCCACCGAAUCAUACGCCUUGUUCAGGUGGACGAAGCACAUGCAGAGCGGUUCUUUUUUUCUCCGCCCCAGCUCCUGGGGGCGGCGCACGACGAACAGCAUUUCGACGGUGGAUCGCCCGGGUCGAAAUCCGCACUGUUCCUCCGGGAGGAUGUGGUUGGCUUCGCAGCAGGAGCUGAGACGACGGUUGGUAAGGAUCUUGAUGGGGACCUUGCUUACGUGAGAUAAUAGCGAAAUCCCCCUGUAGUUGUUACAGUUGGACCAGUCACCCUUCUUGUAC